GCUGCUGGACGCGCCGCUGGCAGGAUAAACGCCUUUCUUCCCCGCCACACUGGUGUCAGGACUCUACGGCUGAUUUCUUUUCUCUUUUCAAAUUCUGCAACACUCUUGACUGGAUAUUAAUUUGUUUUUGUACAACUAACAUGGCGGACAGUAAAGUAGAAAGCAGCGGGGAACUGAGCGCCAAGGAGCUGAAGGAGAAGAAACAGACCGAAGAGGCCGAGAACGGAGAGGAGGCCGCUGCCAACGGCAAAACCGACGAGGAGAACGGCGAGCAGGAGAACGAGGUAGACGAGGACGAGGAGGAUGUGGGAGAUGAGGACGAUGACGAGGAUGCAGAGGGUGAUGAAGAGGACGACGAAGAAGACGACCUUGAUGGGCCGACGGGGAAGAGAGCAGCUGAGGAUGACGAUGAUGAAGAGGAUGAAGUUGAAACCAAGAAGCAGAAGACAGAUCAGUAGAGUCUGCGGCGCUGGCUCUGUCUGGAGGACGACGACGCCAUCGAGAGACAGCGAGACGGUUUUCCAGCGAACCUCCGACACCUCAGUCCUCCCUUCGUAACAAGAAUACUUUUAAAAAACAGAAUUAGUUUGUAUUUUUAUUUACAUUUUAUAUUUUUGUAAAUAUUGUAACAAGGUCGGCCAUUUUGCAACAAUGAUCUUUCUGGGUAUCAAGUGGUGCUUUGAGGACUUUUAGAUCCAGACUCGUCAUCAGCCGUCCACAUCCUGUGUGAGCCAACCAGAGGCAUCCGUCCCUUUACCACAACCAACAAAACACACACACACACACACACACACACACACACACACACACAAACACACACACACAGAUACACUCACAGGCUCACUGUAAUUACAUUAGGUUUCUGCUUAGGGUCUCGACAAGGUGUGUGUUGACUCGUAGUGGCAUGGGAAGAGUUACAGUGACUCAGCACUUCUCAGAGCGCUGACUGUGUAUUACUGUUAGUUUGUAUGAGAUUCAAAGGCUGUAUCUUCUGUCCGUCUGUCACUGUCUGUCUGUCUGUCUGUCUGUCAAGGCCAGAUGUUGAUGUUCUUCUGUCUGUGCUAUUUGGUUGAUCAAUAAACAGUCAUUUCAUUUUG